AUGAAACCUGCCACCAGCACCACCGCGACGAGGAAAAUUUCUUCCUCGUUCGUUUUCUUCGUCUUUUUCUGCGUGACGUUCGUCUUCGGUCGGAUCGGGGCGAAGGGCGAAAUCGCCGGCUUGGGAGGCAUACAGAGAGGGUCGAAUCGCGUCGAAUACGCGGACGGCGCGUUCAACGUUCGAAGCGGAGGAAAAGGAGGGAGAGAGUUACAAAUCAACACGCACCGCGUGAAGACGAGAUCGGAGUGGCAGUUUUGGGAGCAAGUUCAGUGUCGAGAGAAGUUGUUCUUGGGGAAAGACGAAGACAAAGUCGAAGUUGGCGAACGAUUGGCGACGAUAUUUGCGAAAAUGGAGAGUUUGACCAAAGAUGUGGCGGAGUCGAACGCGGAGCUGAGAGCGGAAAACGCGGAUUUGCGAGCGGCGUUUGUCGCGCUAGAAGCAAAGGUGGAUAUUUUUUUCCAGCCGCCGAGUCCGCCGCCGCCGAGUCCGCCGAGCCCGCCGCCGAGCCCACCGAGCCCACCGCCGCCGAGCCCGCCGAGCCCGCCGCCGAGCCCGCCGAGCCCACCGCCGCCGAGUCCGCCGAGCCCGCCGCCGAGCCCACCACCUUUGCCUCCGCCCCCCGUCACUUCUAUCCCGGAUGCGAGUUGGCACGCCCUUGUCGUGGAGUGUUUGGCCGAAGCAGGGGCCGAAGUUACCGGCGAGUGCACUGAGUGGGCUUCCGGAAAUAAUUACGGGACGAUGCCGAAUUGGAAUACGAGUUUGGUGACGGAUAUGAACGGAUCGGAUGGAACUGUGCUCAGAGGCUUUGGGGGUAAAAGUACAUUCAAUGGUGACAUUACGGAAUGGGACACGUCGCAAGUGACUGAUAUGAGGUAUAUGUUUCAGUCCGCUUCUGCGUUCAACCAAGACAUUUCCUCGUGGACCGGAUCCGCAGCGACGUCAGCGCAAACUGACAUGUUUUCCGGCGCAACUGCGUUUCAAGCGAAAUUUAAGUGCACCAACGAAAUCACCGGUCCGGCGAAUUCGUGUGUAGGUCCCUCGCCAAUUCCGGAUACAAGCUGGCAUGCUUUCGUCGGGGAUUGUUUGAUUGAAUCUGACGCGAUUGGAGAGACUGGAGAAUGUAUAGUCUGGGCUCGAUCGCAAAACGUUUGGUACGGGACGAUGCCGAAUUGGAAUACGAGUUUGGUGACGGAUAUGAACGGAUCGGAUGGAACUGUGCUCAGAGGCUUUGGGGGUAAAAGUACAUUCAAUGGUGACAUUACGGAAUGGGACACGUCGCAAGUGACUGAUAUGAGGUAUAUGUUUCAGUCCGCUUCUGCGUUCAACCAAGACAUUUCCUCGUGGACCGGAUCCGCAGCGACGUCAGCGCAAACUGACAUGUUUCUCGACGCAACUGCGUUUCAAGCGAAAUUUAAGUGCACCAACGAAAUCACCGGUCCGGCGAAUUCGUGUGUAGGUCCCUCGCCAAUUCCGGAUACAAGCUGGCAUGCUUUCGUCGGGGAUUGUUUGAUUGAAUCUGACGCGAUUGGAGAGACUGGAGAAUGUAUAGUCUGGGCUCGAUCGCAAAACGUUUGGUACGGGACGAUGCCGAAUUGGGAUACGAGUUUGGUGGAAGAUAUGAGUGGAUAUGAUGAAGGAAAUUUUGCUUUUCAAGGCUUUGGCAAAAGUACAUUCAACGGCGAUAUUUCGAAGUGGAACACAGGAAAAGUGACAAAUAUGUUUUCUAUGUUUCGAGAUGCUUCUGCGUUCAACCAAGACAUUGGGAGUUGGAACACAGCGCGAGUGACUAAUAUGGGAUAUAUGUUUCUUUCCGCUUCUGCGUUCAACCAAGACAUUGGGAGUUGGACCACAGCGCAAGUGACUUCUAUGGGAAAUAUGUUUGCUUCCGCUUCUUCGUUCAACCGAGACAUUGGGAGUUGGAACACAGAGAAAGUAACUAAUAUGCAAUAUAUGUUUGGUUACGCUUCUGCGUUCAACCACGACAUUGGGAGUUGGAAUACAGAAAAAGUAACUACUAUGCAUAAAAUGUUUCUUUACGCUUAUGCGUUCAACCAAGACAUUGGGAGUUGGAACACAGCGCAAGUGACUGAUACGAGACAAAUGUUUGCUCAAGCUUAUGCGUUUCAAGCGAAAUUUAAGUGCACCAACGAAAUCACCGGUCCACUGAAUUCGUGUGUAGGUCCCUCGCCAAUUCCGGAUACAAGCUGGCAUGCUUUCGUCGGGGAUUGUUUGAUUGAAUCUGACGCGAUUGGAGAGACUGGAGAAUGUAUAGUCUGGGCUCGAUCGCAAAACGUUUGGUACGGGACGAUGCCGAAUUGGGAUACGAGUUUGGUGGAAGAUAUGAGUGGAUAUGAUGGAGGUUUUCAAGGCUUUGGUGAUAAAAGUACAUUCGAUGGCGAUAUUUCGAAGUGGGACACAGGAAAAGUGACUCGUAUGGAUGCUAUGUUUUAUAAAGCUCGUGCGUUCAACCGAGACAUUGGAAGUUGGAACACAGCGCAAGUGACUGAUAUGAGUAGAAUGUUUUAUGAAGCUUCUGCGUUCAAUCAAGGCAUUGGGAGUUGGAACACAGAAAAAGUGACUGAUAUGAGUAGAAUGUUUAAUUCCGCCCCUGCGUUCAACCAAGACAUUGGGAGUUGGAACACAGAAAAAGUUACUAAUAUGAGAGAUAUGUUUUAUUACGCUUCUGCGUUCAACCACGACAUUGGGGAGUGGAACACAGAAAAAGUGACUAAUAUGAUAGGUAUGUUUCAUACCGCUUCUUCGUUCAACCAAGACAUUGGGAGUUGGAACACAGAGAAAGUGACUACUAUGAUAUAUAUGUUUCAGGACGCUUCUGCGUUCAACCACGACAUUUCCUCGUGGACUGGAUCCGCAGCGACGUCGGCGCAAAGUUCUAUGUUUUCCGGCGCGACUGCGUUUCAAGCGAAAUUUAAGUGCACCAACGAAAUCACCGGUCCGGCGAAUUCGUGUGUAGGUCCCUCGCCAAUUCCGGAUACAAGCUGGCAUGCUUUCGUCGGGGAGUGUUUGAUGUGGGAUGCAUCUCCAGUGAUUGCGGAGACUGGAGAAUGUAUAGACUGGGCUCGAUCGAAAGACGUUUGGUACGGGACGAUGCCGAAUUGGGACGUGAGUUUGGUGGAGAAUAUGGUUGGAUGGAACUCCGUUGCUUUUCAAGGCUUUGGCGGUAAAAGUACAUUCAACGGCGAUAUUUCGAAGUGGAACACAGAAAAAGUGACUAAUAUGGAAUAUAUGUUUUUUAAAACUUCUGCGUUCAACCAAGACAUUGGGAGUUGGAACACAGCACAAGUGACUGAUAUGGAAUAUAUGUUUAAUUCCGCUUCUGCGUUCAACCACGACAUUGGGAGUUGGAACACAUCGCAAGUGACUGAUAUGGAAUAUAUGUUUCGUGUAGCUUCUGCGUUCAACCAAGACAUUGGGAGUUGGAACACAACGCAAGUGAAAACUAUGAGUAGAAUGUUUUGGUUCGCUUCUGCGUUCAACCAAGACAUUGGGAGUUGGAACACAGCACAAGUGACUGAUAUGCAAUUAAUGUUUAAUUCCGCUUCUGCGUUCAACCACGACAUUUCCUCGUGGACCGGAUCCGCAGCAACGUCAGAGCAAGCGAAUAUGUUUCUCGACGCAACUGCGUUUCGAGCGAAAUUUACGUGUACCAACGCCAACGCCGGUCCACCGAAUUCGUGUGUGCUUAAGUAG